AUGGCUAAGAAUUUUCUUGAACAAAUUGAGGAACGUUUUGCUAAAAACGAUAAGGUUGAAAUGACAACACUUCUUGGUUCUUUAAUGAACAUGAAGUAUAAGGGUCAAGGAAAUGUAAGGGAGUACAUUAUGAAAAUGCAUCAUGUUGUCUCAAGAUUAAGGACACUUAAGAUUGAGCUUUCAGAUGAUGUACUUGUACUCAUGGUUUUGUUAAUGCUUCCUCCACAGUUUAACCAAUUUAAGAUCAGUUACAACUGUCAAAAGGAGAAAUGGACUCUCAUCGAGCUCAUUUCCCAUUGUGUGCAAGAGGAAGAAAGGUUGAAAUAG